AUAAGCCAGUUGUUUACUUCCGGGUUACAAACACAUCUCGGGUGUAACUGCAUCGGAGGACAGGGAAUAUCUUAACUAUGAUCAGAUGUGACAGAUAGAUGCAUUUAAACAUUGCCGACAUAAAAGCAGAUGAUGUGGGCGUAUAAUAUACUGAAGACACUAAUAUGGACGUCAUUGACGUGAUACAAGAUGUGCUGUGUUUAUCCCUUUUCGGAACCGAACUGCUGGACAUGGCGGACGAUCUCUCCCAUUUGUUGUACUCCUUUGCUAAUUACUCCAAUCACUAUGCAAUCAUCACCGUUCUGUUGUGCUUCGUGGCAACGGCUGUGCUCAUAUUAAGAUUCAACAAUGACUUCCCACACUUCCCGAUUCUGCCACCAUCGCCGCCUAACAGCGCGAUACAGACGUCCAUGAAGGGCUGUACAAACCCAUUCUCCAUCCUGCUCCAAGAUGCUGCCAUAACAACCCUGAAAGGUGGAUUUUCACUGUCGGUUUCAUCUCUGACCGAGGGACACUUGUCAGUGUUUUGGGGCACCAGUAUCAAUACUGUCCAUGAAGUACUUCAGUGGUCACCUGAGGCAAUACUGAAAGACUUGAGCGAUGGUCAGCUCCUUCAAGGGAAUGAAAGUCUUCAUUCUCAGCAUAACAUCAGAGCUGACCCUGGGACACCCCCUCGCCAGAGAUAUCCGUGUGUGGUGAUAGCAGCGACCUCUGGUGGUAACCCUGGAACCCCGGCUGUGGUGGCCAGUUUUACAAUGCUGCAUCUGCGUGACUCAGUGGUGACGAUGGAGUCACAGAUGGUGGGGCAGUACCUCAAACUCAGUGAUGGCCGAGUCUUCAGUUUGCAGGCUUUGUAUCUGGCAACAGACAAUGAGAACCUCUCACCUCAAACUAGUUCAACGACUAGAUCACAGGCUAGUUCACAGGCUAGUUCACCGACUAGAUCACAGGCUAGCUCACAGGCUAGUUCAUCGACUAGAUCACAAGCUAGUUCACCGACUAGAUCACAGGCUAGCUCACAGGCUAGCUCACUAGCUAGAUCACAGGCUAGCUCACAGACUAGAUCACCGGACCAGCUCACAGGCUACUCACAGGCUAGUUCACCGACUAGAUCACAGGCUAGCUCACAGGCUAGUUCACAGACUAGAUCUCAGGCUAGUUCACCGACUAGAUCUCAGGCUAGCUCAGAUAAGGAGCGGGUAUCCAGUUCACAAGGAGACACAGGACCUACCCCUUCAGUGGAGCCAUGUGCAAGUUGUGAGACAGGGAUGUCUGAAAGUUUGGAUGGGUCUGUCCAUGAAGAAGAGACAAGACUCUGUGAUAAAUGUGACCACUUGAGACCUUGUGGAAAUAAACCUAUUUGUAGUUGUUACACUAGUAGUACAGAGGUGCAGUCAGUGCUUGUGUCUAGUUCCAGUGAUGGGGACAUGGAAUCUGCCAAAACUCACGUCAGGCAGUGGCAAUCAGGAAAUGGCUCCAAUAUUGAACCCAGACUUAAUGCGGAAUUGUUGACAGAACCGAUCAAGAAUGAUCACACCACAGUAACGUCUUCAACAUCGGCCAUGGAUGAGGACAUCGGCCAUGAAUGUGUAGUUUGCCAAAUGAACCCAAUCUCCCACGUGAUCCUGCCUUGUCGUCACGCAUGUGCAUGUAGUAUGUGCUUCAAGAAGAUCGACCGAUGUCCAAUGUGUCGUGGGUUCAUUGAGACAUACUUUACCAUGUUUGAUGACGGGCAGUCCGAGGAGGUGAACACAGAGCAGGAUGAAGUCAGGAAUGAUCAGACUGGUUUUGUGGCUUGGAUCGAGAACAUGAACGACAGGCUGAAUGAGUACCUUGGAUUUACCUAGUUACCUAGAGCUGACUUGUUGCAAGGUAUCCUCAUAUGUUAGACUUUCUAUGAGGUGACAUGUUGCAAUCUGAACCCAGUAUGGCGACUCACUCUAUAUGUGUUGUUACCAUCUAGUCUGUGUGGGAUGAUCCACAACAGACCACAGGCCCUCGUGUCUUUGCGAAGAUUAAAGAUUAAUAAAAUAUUGUUUUUGAGAUGACCCCCGACUCGAAAUGCUU